AACAUGUCCCAACAAUUCCUGUUCCAGUUCUUCCUCCAGAACCUGUUCCUGAAUCCGAAACUUAUUUAGAUCCUCGGGUUUAUGCUACUUUAAUCUCAAAGAAAAUUGCUAAUGGAACUAAGCCUUCUGAUGAAUGCUAUUACAUUUCCACACCACGUCCUCACGAAAAUAAAAGCGUCAGUUGGGACUGCGAAGCUGGAUAUUAUUGUCUCAGUCCGAGGGCCUCAUCAAAAUUCCCAUGUGCUGAUGGAUUUUAUUGUCCAGAAAAUACACAGCCCGUUUAUUGUUGUGAAGGUUAUUAUUGUCAAACUCCAAAAACAAUCGAACUUUGUCCUGAAGGUCACUUCUGCACCAUAGGAACUGUAGAUCCACCAUCUUGUAAUCAUAUGGCUUAUUGUCCACCCGGAUCAAAAUCUGCCAAUAAAUAUUUUAUUGGAGUUUUAAUAGCAAUCUUUGUAUUAUUGAUCUUAAUUUUAUUCAAAAUCAAAGAGGUAAAAGAUGUUGAAGAGAAUAAAGAAUAUCAGAAAAAAGCAAAAUCAUUAGGAGAACCCAAAAUUGGAGAUAAUGCAGAAAAUGAAAGAAGUGAAAAUAGUGGAGGAACUUUAAAUUGCGUUUCAGAAACAUUUGAUAUUAAAUUUGAAAAUUUAAGUCUAAAAUUACCUUCCGGCGUCGAAAUUAUGAAGGGAGUUACAGGAAAACUUAAACAUGGUAGAACAUGUGCGAUCAUGGGACCGUCUGGUGCUGGUAAAACCACAUUAGUUUCCCUUUUGACGGGAAAAGCAAGAAAAACCGAUGGAAAAAUAAAAGUAAGAAAAUUCAUUGACAAAAAAAAAGUUGAAGAAAAGUCAAAUCUAGACUAUUACAGAAAACUUAUUGGAUUCGUACCUCAAGAAGAUAUAAUGCUCAGAGAAUUAACAAUACGCGAAAUUUUGAUGCAUUCUGCACUAAUGCGUUUACCAACAAAAAAUAUGACACCUAAGGAAAAGGAAGAAAAGGUUAUGAAUGUUAUUAAAUUUUUGGGAUUGAGUAAGGUAAUGGAUACUGCUAUCGGUGAUGAAGUGUCACGAGGUAUAUCGGGUGGUCAAAGGAAACGCACAAAUAUUGGAAUGGAACUUGUAGCAGAACCAUCUAUCCUUUUCUUAGAUGAACCAACAUCAGGUUUAGAUUCUGCAACAGCAUUAGAUGUAUGUGAGAAAUUGAAAGAAAUUGCGAAGAAACAAAAGAUUACAGUUGCAGCCAUAAUUCAUUCACCAUCAUUAAGAUCUUUUAAAAAGUUUGAUGAUCUUAUGUUGUUAGGUAUAGGAGGAAGAGUUGUAUAUUUCGGACCUCGGAAAAAAGCAAUGCAAUAUUUUUAUGAUCUUGGAUUUAUCCUUCCUAAAGAUGAAAGAUGUGAAACAAAAUUUUAUGCAAAAAUCAACAAAAUUUAUUUAAUUAUAGAUGAUUCCUAUCGAUAUGCCAAAGAUGUUGGAAAAGAAUUUUAUUAUUUUCUUAAAGAAUUUUUUAUUUGGGAAGAUUCUGUUCGUUCAACGCCGAAUGGUUUUUCAUCAUUUAUACUUUUAUUUAAAAGAGCAUGUUUGCAAAUUUAUCGAAACAGAACAAGGUUUUUGUUUGAUCUAUUAUUACAUCUCGGUUGCGGAGCGUUUGUUUCUUUGGCAACAAAUGACCUUGGUUAUAUUGGACUAGUACCUGAUCCGAUGUGUUCUAUAACACCAUUUAUUGAAUCAUAUAGUUGUUUAAAGCCGUCUGAUAACCUUCAGACUGUAGGAGUAUUUGCGUCAUUGGGAAUAACAUUUUGUGGCAUUAAUGCUGGAUCAACAACAUUUGGAUAUGAAAAAGUUGUAUAUUGGCGUGAUACAUCUUCAGGAAUGAAAACUAUACCUUAUUUCUUAGCAAAAAGUAUUGCAGACAUUCCAAGGAUCUUAUUAGCUGCGCUGAUGUUUUCAUUGUCAUUUGUAUUAUUCUUUUCACAUCGAGCACGUUAUAGUGAAAUUUAUUUUAUUAUGUUACUUACUUAUAUUGCGGCAUGGCAAAUAGGUUAUUUCUUAUCCGCUAUUUUUUCAAAAGAGAAAUUAGGAUUAGUUGGUACAGGAUUUGCUCUUCUUUUUGGUAUGGUUUUAAGUGGAGCAACUCCUAGAUUGGAUAAAAUUAAAGAUGAUGAUAGCCUGAAGUGGCUUUACUGGAUAUGGUCUGUUGAAGCAUUAUAUCUUAAAGAAUUAGAUCCAAGAAAAUGGGUUGAAAUUCAUACAAAAAAUCUAAACUAUACGUAUAGCUUAGGCGAUUAUCCAGAUACUUUGCAUAAUAUAAUAUUUAUUGCAUUGACAUGGUCAUGUUUAGCAUUUUUAGCAAUGAAAUUGGUUAACCGAGAUAAACAAAAAUAA